UAAAAGUGUCAGUUUCCUUGGCCAAUAAUCAUUGAGUUGGCGAUUAGGAUAUCGCGUCGAAACAUUUUUCAAGUAGUACUCUUGAGACAAUGAAGAGCGCCGCAAGCUUUGUUCUCUUGUUCGCUUUCGCCCUUUCCGGCGUGGCCUCGCAGCAUUACUUGGCCUACAGCAGGAGCAAAAUCGUCGGCGGAACACCUGCGGAUGAUGCCGAAUACCCAUCGCAAGUGUCUCUGCGUGCCCUGGGCAGUCACAGCUGCGGCGCCACCAUUAUCAGUGAGUCAUGGAUUCUGACUGCUGCCCACUGUGUUCAAGGACUGCUGCCAAGCUUCCUGGCUGUGCACGCCGGCUCCAACCACUUGAUUACCAAUGGCACAACCCAUGAUGUGAUUAGGUUCAUUAAGCACCCCGGGUUCAACUUCAGUGACUUCGCCAGCGAGGACAUCGCCGUGGCCGAAGUUUACCCGCCCUUUGUUUUCAGCGAAGCCGCCCAGCCUGUCCAGUUGCCAGCGCAAGACGCAGAGACCCCAGCAGGUAGCGCGGCCGUUGUCGUCGGAUGGGGAUUUGUCGAUGUUAAUGGACCUGUGAGUCCUUCUUUGUUGGAAGUGGACCAGAUUGUGCGCAGCUACCAGGAGUGCUACGACAUUUACAGCGUCGAUGUUCCCAUCACCCAAGCGCAAAUCUGCGCCGAUGUCCCUGAAGGUGGAAAGGGAGUUUGCUCUGGUGACUCUGGCGGCCCUCUUUACGUCGAUGGGCAAAUUGUGGGCAUCGUUUCUUGGUCUGCCAACGGUUGUGCUGCCCAAGGCUUCCCUGGCGUUUUCACCAGGGUUGCUUCUUAUCGCGACUGGAUCACCGAGAACACUGGCGUUUAAAAAUUAAAGCGCAUCAGAAGUUAAUGCGGUGUACAGCAAAUAAAAUUCUUCCCAAGAAUAAUUAUGCAUUUGAAUG